CCCGGCUACGACGAUGACCUCAGUGUAAGAAUUCACUCCGUUAUCCAGCUUCAGUCAUUCCUAAUUUUUGUUUCGAUGAAUAUACCUUGGCUACCUUGAUGGCAACAAUGUUAGUCUGGCCACCCUAUGGAUAGAUUUUGUCAUCAAAUAGUGGGGUUUCUAAAUGGUCUCUUCGGUUCUUAUUGAAAAAGCCCUUGUUCCCGUACUCGUAUGGUAUCCUACUCUUCCACAUUUGCGAUAACACUCACAGAAAUAUUUGAAGUAUAUAAAUAAUAUGCGAAUUGAAACCGGCGGAGAAGUGCUUCUCAGAUGUUAUAUAUCUCUGGUUGGCGCCGACCUUGGAGAGCCCUUUUCCACGCUCCAUCCUUCUCCCCCCACAGUCGGACCUUGGAGAGCCCUUUUCCACGCUCCGUCCUUCACCCCCCACAGUCGGAGAUGAGGCUCGUUUGCCACCGCGAGUUGUGGCCGUGGAGCACCGCCCUUCUUGGAGAUCAACCGGCCCUGUUCCUUCGGCCAGCAGACGCAGCUGUUAGCACGCCCACAACCUGUUCGGUCGAAAGCUGAACUCUGGCGCGACUCGUAAAGCACCCACCAGCCUCUCGCCAUGGUGGGCCCAUCCAAACGGUCAUCUUCCCACAGAGAUGUAUGUGGGCCCCAAUUCUGCUGAAGAGUACAGAUCGGGUCGUGGAAACAUGUCUUGGAAUUAGAUGGUUCGGAUUACUCUCCCGGUGGCUCACCCGUUCUACUUCCUUUUCUACUUCACCCAGACACCCACCAUCCAAAGCGCCUGCACGCCGUAUGAGUCUCCAGAUUUUACGAACCGCGAGUGACCCGAUCCGACUCAUUCCAGUGGGCCCCAGGUACGCAUGAGAAAAAUUUUUUUUUCCCCUCCUCCAAGCAUGAGAAAAUCUUUAGUUACCGUUGCAACUCGCUCGUCCCUACCAUCCACAACCCCACCUUCUCGUCUUCUCCUCCUCCUCCUCCUCCUCUCUCUUCGCCUCUGCGAUGCCUCCCGAGAGCAAAUCUCCCCUCCAGAAGCUAAUGGGUGCGGGCACCUCCAUAUUCCGCCAUGGAUUCAACUCCUCCAAAUGCAAGACGGAGGCGAGGCUGGCGACGGCGAGGAUAAAGCUGCUGCGGAACAAGAGGGAGGUGCAAGUGAGGCAGAUGAGGCGCGACAUCGCCAUGCUUCUCGAGUCCCACCAGGAGGACACCGCCAGGAUCCGGGUCGAACAUGUGAUUAGAGAACAAAAUGUCAUGGCUGCCAAUGAGAUCAUUGAACUUUUCUGUGAGCUGAUUGUGGUUCGCCUUUCGAUCAUUGCAAAACAGAGGCAUUGUCCUGCAGAUUUAAAAGAAAGUAUUUCUAGUUUGAUAUAUGCUGCUCCAAGGUGCUCAGAAAUCCCUGAACUUUGCCGAAUUCGUGAUAUCUUUGAAAAGAAGUAUGGAAAGGGUUUUGUAUCUGCUGCAACCGAUCUGCGUCCUAACUCUGGUGUAAAUCGUAUGCUGAUCGAGAAACUGUCAGUUAGAAAACCUGCUGGUGAAGUAAAGCUGAAGGUUAUGAGGGAAAUAGCAAAGGAAUAUGAGAUCAAAUGGGAUGCAACAGAAUCUGAGACAGAGCUUCUCAAGCCUCCGGAAGAACUUCUAGAAGGGUCACGCUCAUUUGUUUGUGCCUCCAGCAUCCCUGUGAAGCCUACUCUUCCAUCAAAAGAUGUGCAACCAAAUAAACAUGCUUUCAGGGAAGAUUCUACCAUGCAGUUCAAGGAUGCAGCUUCAGCUGCUCAAGCUGCUGCAGAAUCAGCAAAGACAGCAGUUUCUGCUGCACAAGCUGCAGCAUUCCUUGCCAAACAGAACUCACAUCCAUUUGAUCAAACAGCAGCUACUUUUGACACCACAGCUUACAGUCUCAACAAAUUCAACAGGGCAGAUGGACUGGAAAAACAAUCCUUAGAUUCUUCCACUCAAUCCUCCAUAACAAAUAGUUCUUCUGCCAAUGAGCUCAAGGCCACCGGAAGAAUGUUCAAUUCACAAAGCUUCAACUUGUCAAACUAUAUCAAUGAUAAAGGCAUGGAUACCGACCAUAUGGAUGGUAAAGAGAUUCUUCGAAGGAAUAGUUGCAUUGUGUGGGCCCUGAAUUCAGAUAUAAAGUUUGACAACUCAGAUGGAUUAGAAUCAGAUAUUGAUGAAGAAGUAGAAAUGGAAACAUCAACAGAAAGUCGCCCUCCUAAUCGACCUCCUCCUCCAUUGCCUCUGUAUAGCGACCACUCUAAAGAAAAAUCACUUGCUGAUGAUAAAUCAAAACCAUGCACGGUCAACCCUGUUUCUGGUGUUCAUCCAAAGUUGCCCGACUAUGAAGAACUUGCUGCUCACUUUGAAGCACUGAAGCUGCGCAGGUUGUGAAUGAUUUAGGUGAAGUAUCUAAAGUUGCAUUACAUGUAUACACAUUUAAAAGUUUUAAAGCACUCAAUAUACAGUUCUUGAGUACAUUUGAUUAAAAGUACAUGGUAGUAGUACCAUUUGUAUCUUGGGUUGCAUAUUAUGCUGUGUAAGUUUUGGUCAGGAGCAUACAUGAAUUCAUUGGUUGUUUGCAAGUUUUAAGAA